UGACCGUGUACGAGUGACGGCAGACGGAGGAGCGGCCAUCCACAAUUGCCAGACAACGACCAGCCAGUUGCCCAUACAGUAUGCUCAGAACUGCUCUUAGAAGAAUGACGCGUAACAGCGCACCCGCCCUUGCCAGGACACAAGCUGUCGCUGCACACAUGUCUACCAGCGCACCCGAUGCACAGCCCGUUCUGUUUGAGUCCCGCGGGACCAUGCGGCAGUAUAUCCUCAACCGCGAAAAGAAACUCAACGCGCUCAACACUGAGAUGCUUGACAUACUGCGACCUCAACUUGAGGAAUGGUCCAAGUCUGAUCUUUGCAAAGUCGUCGUGGGCUCAGGUCUGGGCAGAGCAUUUUGCGCGGGCGGAGAUGUUGCAACUGUGCUCAAGGACUCAUUGAAUGAUGCCACUCGUCCCAACUCCAUCGCUUUCUUCAGAAGCGAAUAUGAGCUGGAUUACAUUCUCUCGGUUCUCCCCAAGUCCUACAUCGCUUUGCUGGAUGGAAUCACUAUGGGUGGUGGUGUUGGCCUUGCAAUCAGCGCUCCUUUCAGAGUAGCCACCGAAAAAACUGUAUUUGCCAUGCCUGAGACUAAGAUUGGCUUUUGUCCCGAUGUCGGCGCAAGCUUCUUCUUAUCCCGAAUGGACGGUCAAGUAGGCACUUACCUUGCUCUUACCUCAGAAACCCUUGUUGGUCGUGAAGUCUUCGAGCAUGGAUUUGCGACUCACUACAUCCCAUCAACAUCUAUCCCUACUCUGAUGGCGAGGCUCGCGGAUCUGGAUAACCCAACUCCGGAACUCAUUGACCGCGCAAUUGAGGAGCUCCAUGCUGAGCGUCAGCCCAAUGACGCAGCUGGCAAGUUCACUGGCAAGACGCGACAGGCCCUCGACUCCGCAUUUAGCCACGAUACCGUGGAAGAUAUCGUCAAGAGUCUGGAAGCGUUUGCCUCGCACGAGGAUACCGGUGUCCGUGACUGGGCGAAGGCAACCUUGGAAACGCUUCGCAUGCGAAGCCCUACCAGCUUGAAGGUGGCUCUGGCCGCUGUUCGCCGCGGGAAGAAGUUGUCCCUCCUAGAGAGCCUGCAAAUGGAGAUGGGCAUUGCAACUGCAUACUGCAGCGGUGCCAGCCCAGAUUUCCGCACCGGUAUCAGCGCCGUUCUCAUCGACAAAACCCAGGGGCGCCCCACGUGGACGCCCGAUAGCAUCGACCAGGUGACGCCAGAGAUCGUGGAUCGAUUCUUCAACAAGAGCUCGACCUAUGUCGCGUCCUCGCCCCAGCUUACUCCCCCACCUGAGCUACGGAACAAGAACAAGGACCCGAUGCGCUUCGCGCUGCCCACUGAGGCUACAAUCAACGACACCAUCAACUCGCUCAGCUCGGGGGGCAGCGUGCCGCUCUCCGAGGUGCUGGCCAAAUUUGAUGAUCUUCGGUCAGGUAAGAAUGGAAUAAAGGAGAAGGUGAUGGACGUAGUGCAGCGGCGGUACAAGCUCGUCGACCAGGGCGGCAACCAGUUCAUCCAGUCGUGAGAGCAAAUCUGCAAUCAAACAUGUUUUCAUGUCCACAUUUGUGCAUACAUGUUGGACCACUUAGUCAGGGGCUAAAUUUAAGUUUGCCUCCGUUUCGCAUGCGUCAUUUGCGCCAACAUUGCACCCAUAUCGCAAUUAUCAUUCAUACAAUAUAUUGUACGUUUCAU